AUGGGAAAUACGCUCUCGUACGACGUUCAAGAACAUGUCAUUGACCUCGGACCUCGUGGCAAGAUAAAAGGUCUCCAGUACGACAACAAAGCCCGACGCUAUACUGGCGUUCCGUAUGCCCUUCCUCCAACGAGCGAACAUCGCUGGCGCAAACCGCGGCCUCUCCCUUCAUCGUUCACGUACUCUCAAGCUGGCCAACCAUUCAAUGCCACUGCAUUCCAAGCACCUGCUUCCCAGGAGGAUCGUGAGCUAUCCACUGGCCGUGUCAACCCCGAUAAUGAUGGAAUAAAAGGAACAGAAGACUGCUUGUACGUCAAUAUAUGGACUCCCGUUUCUGAAGAUGCGGGAACAACUACGAAAUGGCCGGUAAUGGUGUGGCUACACGGCGGAUGGUUUCAAGUUGGUGAUGCGUGCCAAGAUCCUUCCAGUGAUCCCACUGAACUGAUUUCUACGGGAGGAUUGAACGCCAUCGUUGUAGCGAUUAGUUACCGCCUUAAUAUCUUUGGGUUCUUGUCUUCAGCUGCCUUUUUAGAAGAAAGUGGCGGAGAGGUUGCUGGUAAUUUUGGCCUUUGGGACCAAAGACUUGGUCUGGAAUGGGUGUACGCCAAUAUCGCUGCCUUUGGGGGAGACGUGAACAACAUUACGCUCGCGGGGAGAAGCGCAGGCGCAUAUGGCGUCGAGGCACAGAUUCUUCAUGACUUUCGAAGUCAGCAAAAUUCGUACGCUGGCAAGUUGUUUCAGCGGGCGUGGAUGUCGUCAAAUGCCAUUCCUGCGCAACCUAAAACAGUCAACGAAGCAGAAUCGCAGUUUGAUGAAGUCUGCCAACAUUUCAGCGUUCCACUUUUAGCAUCAUCGACAGAGAGGCUGUCUCAACUUAGGAAAAUCAGCGAGGCCGACCUUUUGAAAUGCAUCCGCAGCCUGAAGAAUCACACCUUCCGUCCGGUCACAGACGACCUCUUCUUCCAUGCAGACAUGACUAAUUAUAUCCAGUCCGAGUCAUUUGCCAAAGAUUUCCUGUCGCGGAAGAUGAAGCUUCUCGUAGGAGAAGUGGCCAAUGAAGAAACACUUUAUGCACAAUUCAACGGGCCAACGGAGGCUACUCUCGAAUCACUAAAGCUUCAAACAGCCAACUAUUACUCUCCUGCGACAACCGCCAAGAUUCUCAGUCAGUACUCUCUUCCAAAGUCUGGUAAUCUUGACGAUUGGAAAGCUGCGUUUGGCAAAAUAAUCGCGGAUGGACAGGUUAGGGCGUCGAGUAGGUACUUGGUAGAUGCACUGAGUAGACAUGGAGGUGCAACAAAAGAUGUUUGGCGGUAUCGCGUCGACUACAGGCUGAGCUUUAUUGACGAGAGUGUUGCGCCGUUGGACUAUGGUGUUAGUCACGCCAUGGAUGGGCCUUUGUGGAACUACUCAAUCAAUCAGUUGCCAACUGAUGAAGAGCGAAAAAUGAUGGACGAAUGGAUCAAGAUCCUAGUGGCUUUCGUUGGUGGAAAUGAUGGCUUCGAUUAUGGAACGAAGUCAAUUGAUGAACUGAAAGUUUUGACGGCUAAGAGGGAAAUAAAGGUUGAGAAGGAUCUUCGGUACCACGAGCUUCGGGACUUGGGUGCGAUAUUCUCGCAAAGGUGA